GUCAAUGAGAUCAUCAGGAACGACCUGUCGGCGGUCUCAGUCCAAAGCCAAACGUAGUCCCACACAGGUAAAACCUGAUGCUUCCAGGUGGACUCCAGCAUCACAAGAACAGUUUUAAAUCUGUUUUCUACGUGCCUUGUGUUUCAUAAAUGACUCGUUUCGUGGAAUUUAUCCCAGCAACAGCACAUGGAUGACAGUCAGUGAAACCUCCUGCCUUCGCACAGAACGGUGCUUCCAGUGGACCAUUUAUUAUGAAUUGUGCAUGAAUGGUUUGUGUAUAUACAGCACAGUUUGCAUAUCUAGUUUUGAGACUAAAUGAAGGUGGCAGUGCCCUUUUGACCGUUGUUGAUGCUCGCCUCUGAAGUUUAAUAAAUUCUAAGCAAUAAAAGUUGGAAGAAAGUGAAACUUGAAUGUCAAAACAGAGUCAAAAAGUCAAACUUUUAGCUUUUUUUUUUUCUUUGAAAGCUCAGCCACCAAAGGUUAGAGGUCAAACAAAAGCCAUAAUUUAAGAACAAAUAUAGAGGACUGAAGCUGAUUUUAAAAAUCAAUCAAUUUUCUGUCUCCUGACACAAUGCAGUUAUCUUUAAUACAUGGUUCUGUUGCAGGUACGAUCGAUGUUUUGUAAAAAAAGAAAACUUUCUGACAUUAGCAGGAGACCCUACUAUCUGUUGGUUUUAUGCAGUUCUGCUUUUUCUGUUUUAUUUGAAGGUUAAAGUUUACAUCCAAAACUAAGAAAUUCAGCUUUAUUUGCAAAAUCAAAGCUUUUUAAACCUAGAGUUAGAAAAAAGCAAAAAACAAAAGCAGAGGAAACAUUUCUGCUACUACACAAACUGAUUCAGAGCAAAUUUGCACAUUUUUUGAUGACCCCAGACAGAUUACUACUAAUAUAAUUAUUAAAUAUGGUUCCAAAGUAAUUAAAAAAAGAAGCUUAAAGUACCAAUAAAGUAGGAAUCAUUUGCUUUCCUGUUAAACCAUUCGGUAGUGAACAAAAGAAGAAAAUCCACCAGUUUUCUUCUGCAUGUGGUGAUGGAAUACUCCUGUGUUCAAAUCAUCCCCAAACUCAUGUUGCAGCUCUAUUCUCAUGAGCUUCAGUUACCGAAACUACAGUAUUUCAAUGUGAUCAAAUAGAAAUGAGUCCCAAUCUGCCAUUUUAUUUUAAGCACAAGUGCAUCCCAACACAUUUAAAUCUACAUUGUUGGGUUUUGACAACAGAUCCACUUUUUGUUUGCACUCAAACUGAUUAAAAACAUAUUUGCUGGGUCAUUAUAGUCUUGUUAGGGUCAUUAAAAAUGGUACUCAAGUAAGACAAGCCUUAAUUCAUCAAAAAAUGUGCUUUAGUGAAAGUAAUAAGUCAUGUAAACAAUUGAUUUAGUAAGAGUAAAAAAGUAACUGGUGACAGAAGUGCUCAAGUAUUGAGUUCAAGUUUAAAAUUAAGACUAAAACUCAUUUGCAGAUUUUAUUUUGAAGUAACCAAAUUGAAAAUGAACUUCCUUCUGUUUACAGUCUAAUUACCAAUAAUGGAUCUGCUAAAGACACGUGUGGGCUCAUAAGUGAUAUGCAAUAUUGUUCAUAACGUUUCAAAUAGCGUCACUGAUGCUUUAUGGCCAAAGCAGCUGAAUUAUUUUACACUGAUGUUUACCUCUAAAUGUGAUUAAAUGCCAAAUGGAAAUUUACACUUAUUUUAUUGUGUUUAUCUAAAAAAAAAA